AUGAAUGACACCACAACUACCCUCCUCACAGAACAUUUCAGCUACACCCCACUCUCUCUGAUAGACGACGUAAUAAACUCCAUAAACAACCUGAUCUACCAAGCCAUCUCCAGUCUCGAAGAUGGCCUCUUGAACGCCCCGCCAGAGCGAUUAGGAUUCUCUCAUGCUGCCGACUCCAUCCCGGACACGGACGAUGAUGGAAACAUCCAGUAUCCGGAAGCGAGGCUGGAAAUAGAGAAUGGGCUACAUCAAUUGGAGACGCUGCUGGAGGCGACGGUCGAUAAGGCCUUCGAUAAGUUCGAAAUUUACGUUUUAAGGAAUAUCCUGACAGUACCAGAGGAUCUGCUCGGAUGGGUGCGGUUGACGCAUUACGAGAAACUCUCCCUCGGGCCCAGCGGCCCCAACGCUCCAACUCUAGAAUCAAUAACCCUCCAACGUCAAAAAUUGCGCGAAACCCGAAAACUCCAGCGCGCACUCAGGCAAGAAGCCGACCGCAAUGACGCAAUAAUCGCCCAGCUACGCUCAAUCCUCCUUAGAGAUACCCAUGCGCCGGCCUCCCCCGACCGGAAAGGAGCAGCAACACCAGCCAUACCCUCUCAACCCGUAACCGCAGACGCCCCCGACCUUUCCUUCCUCUUCGCCGACACAACCGCCCGCCGCCUCCGCAUCGGCGACACCGCAGACCCCUCCCACAAACCCAUAACAACAAACACGACGUUUAUACUUUCCCAACUCCCCGCUCUCCGUGCAAUGCUAACCCAGCUACGGUCAAAGUUGUCAACCUUGCCCCGAUCGGCAGGGGAGAUAGAGCUAGAUUCGAAACGCGAGGAGAGAAGGGACUAUAUUGAGAGUCGGACGCGGAUGCAUCUGAUGAGGAAUGGGGAGCUGGGCGGAGCGGAGGAUGGGCACGGGGCCGUGGUGGCGGGGCGGAGGGUUGAGGCGGAGGAGGUUCGGGCGUUGGAAGGUGUGGUGGAGAUGUUGGGCAGUGAUUGA